AUUCUCUUCUUCUUUUCCUCACCAUUCAUCCUUUUCUCUGCCUCUCAAUUGAGCUAUUCGUUCAAUUCACACUCUACCUUUUCUCAAUGGCUCUUUUGAAACUCCUCUUUAUUGUAUUUCUCUCUCUAGCAUCAUGUGUCUUUGCUUCCAAUGAUGGUUGGAUUGAUGCUCAUGCUACCUUCUACGGAGGAGGUGAUGCUUCCGGCACAAUGGGUGGAGCAUGUGGAUAUGGAAACUUGUAUAGCCAAGGCUAUGGAACAAACACCGCAGCUUUGAGCACUGUUUUGUUCAACAGUGGAUUAAGCUGUGGAGCAUGUUUUGAGAUAAAGUGUGUCAAUGACCAAAGAUGGUGUCUUCCAAAUUCAAUUGUUGUCACUGCAACAAAUUUUUGUCCCCCAAAUAAUGCACUCCCAAAUAAUGCAGGUGGAUGGUGUAACCCUCCACUUCACCAUUUUGAUCUCUCUCAACCUGUUUUCCAACAAAUUGCUCAAUACAAAGCUGGAAUUGUUCCUGUUGCUUACAGAAGGGUUCCUUGCCAAAAGAAAGGAGGCAUAAGAUUCACAAUCAAUGGUCAUUCAUACUUCAAUCUAGUACUAAUUACCAACGUUGGAGGUGCUGGUGAUGUUACUGCAGUUUCAAUCAAAGGUUCAAAAACUAAUUGGGAACCAAUGUCAAGAAAUUGGGGUCAAAAUUGGCAAAGCAACUCUAACCUUGAUGGACAAAGUCUCUCCUUUAAGGUCACUUCUAGUGACGGUCACACCGUGGUCGCUAAUGAUGUUGUGCCAGAAGGAUGGUCUUUUGGCCAGACGUUCAACGGCAUUCAGUUCUGAUGGAAUGGAAUUUGAUGCAUCACUUCUUAUUCGAGGGCAUCUAAGGACACAUAGUUAGAAUAUUAAGGAAUUAAAAUUAAGGGAUUGCUAUAUAAUUUAGAAAAAAUAUAUCAAAUAAUAUAUUGAUAUAUAGGAGUGAGUUAUAGAUAUAGAGGCAAAUGAAAAGGGCUGAUUUUAAGAUGGUCCUGUCAUUUGAGUUGUGGUAUGAGGCAUUAUAUGUUGUGCUCUCAAUUAGAUGGCAGAGGUGGAUAUUUGUUUACAAUUUACCACCCGCUAGUUUAUUUUAUUAUAUGGUUUGAAUUAUGUAUCGACCCUAAAUUAAUAAUAAAAAGUAUUAUGUUUUCUAGCUAAGCAAAA